CAUUAAAGCCCAUUUAGCUUCUUUUUCUCCGCUAUUAAGGCUUGGCGAUUAGGGUUUCCUCUCUACCCUGCAGAAGCGGCGAGGCAGAAGCUCCAUCUCCACCAUCUCCUGUCGCCGGCGCCAUGGUCCUCAAGACUGAGCUUUGCCGCUUCAGCGGUGCCAAGAUUUACCCUGGCAGGGGAAUCAGAUUUAUCCGCUCGGAUUCCCAGGUUUUCCUCUUCGUCAACUCGAAAUGCAAGAGGUACUUCCACAACCGCUUGAAGCCGUCAAAGCUCACGUGGACUGCCAUGUACCGGAAGCAGCACAAGAAGGAUAUUGCUGCUGAGGCUGUGAAGAAGAAGCGCCGUGCCACCAAGAAGCCGUAUUCCAGGUCCAUAGUCGGUGCCACCUUGGAAGUCAUUCAGAAGAAGAGAGCUGAGAAGCCAGAAGUUCGAGAUGCUGCACGUGAGGCUGCUCUGAGGGAAAUUAAGGAAAGGAUCAAGAAGACGAAGGAUGAGAAGAAGGCGAAGAAGGCUGAAACGAUGGCCAAGUCCUCGAAGUCACAAUCCAAGGGAGCCAUGCCCAAGGGUGCUGGACCUUCUAAGGGCCCUAAGCUUGGAGGUGGCGGCGGAAAACGUUGAAUUCCCGUUUAAACUUCUAGAUUACCUACUGUUUGUUUUGAUUUCUGUCUCAAUUGAGCAGUAUAUUUUGUCAAAUCUUUGCGGUAUCUUCUGUCGGAACCGCUUAGUUUUUGUUUAGUGCAAGUUUUGACAGUGCUGUAAACUGAAUUAUCAGUUGAAAGUUUGGGCUUCUGAUUUUGCUUA